AUGCUGGGAAUGCUCCGUAAUGCUGCCUGCUACUGUCUGGAUGUUACUGCCUGGAUGUUACUGCGAGAUGUUACUGCCUGCGAGGUCGUUCGUGUCUGCCUGAGUCAGUCUACAACAGCAGGUUUGCUGGGGAAUGUCCUCCAUUUGCCCGAGCGUAGGAUAGAUCCGCCUCUUGUGCUUUCUCACAAUGCAAUUCGUGAUUGGCUGAACAUCUGCUUCGUGCGUCAGGGGAGGGUUCGGUGUCAGCUGGGAUCUUCCACAGUGGCGCUCCAUAACAUGGCGGCUACAAGUGGACUCCUCUUCGCGCUUCUUGUUUCUGCCUGCCUAACGCUGUAUUUCGGGUCCUACGACGUUAAGGGGCAGGAAGAGCAGUGCGAUGCCAGAUACUACGACUACGACAGCUUCGUCUGCGUUUGCACGGAGGAGAGGUGUGACAGUCCGGGGGAAAUCCUUCCCCCGCAGGAUCCCGAAGUCCUUCUCUCCGUGCUAACAACUAGGGAUGAACAUCGGUUCCACGUUGACACCGCACCGUUCCACAUGUCCCGGCAAAAUCCGAAUGCAAUUAUAAGGAUCAACAAGUCUCAGACAUUCCAACGGAUCCUCGGGUUUGGGGCGCACUUCCCCGAUGCCACCGGAUUCAACUUGCUCUCCCUAGGGGAACCUGCCCAGAGAGCAAUUAUGGAAGGGUACUUCUCCGAGAGAGGGUGGAAGUACAACCUCGCUCGGGUCCCGAUGGCAGGUGUCGAUUCCUCCGUUCGUCCCUACACCUAUGACGACGUUGAUAACGAUGCUACUUUGGAGCAUUUUGCUUUGGCGCCAGAGGAUUACAACUACAAGCUGCCUUUCAUUAAAGAAGCGAAGGAACUGAGCGAAGGGCUCCUAGUGAUGGCCAGUCCCUGGUCGGCUCCUGCGUGGAUGAAGACCAACGGCGCCAUCAACGGCACCAAUGGAGGGGCCGCACUCAAGCCUGAGCAUUAUGGCUUGUGGGCCCAGUACUAUCUCAAAUUCCUGCAGGCAUACGAGGCAGAAGGAGUGCAAGUGUGGGGGUUGACGCCACAGAACGAGCCCAUCUUCGGAAGCUUACCGGAUUUCCCCUUUAACUGUAUGGGGUGGACCCCAGAGCAGCAGCAAGAGUUCGUUAGGGAUCACCUCGGUCCCACCCUGAGGGAUGCAGGAUACGGGAAUAUCCUUAUUUUUAUCUUCGAUGAUCAGCGAUACUACAUAGAAGAGUUUGUUACUAUCGUGAUGGCAGACGAAGCGAUGUCGGAGUGGGUGUCAGGUGUGGCGAUGCAUUGGUACAUGAACUUCAUUCCGCCGGAUGUCCAGGACACGAUCCACGAAAUGUACCCGAACCUCAUGCUUCUGAUGUCGGAGGCGUCCAACGGCGUAAACCCCUGGGAGCACCAUAUAUUCCUAGGAUUCUGGGAGCACGGCGAGAAGUACGCCCUCGAUAUCAUCCAGAAUCUAAACCACUGGAUGGUAGGAUGGUUGGAUUGGAACCUGGCGGUGGACCUGCUCGGUGGACCGAACUGGGCGGAGUUCUACGCGGAUGGGCCUAUAAUCGUCAACGCAACCGCCGGGGAAUAUUACAAAAACCCGUCCUAUUACGCAAUGGGACAUUUUUCCAAGUUCAUUCCCAGGGAUUCCCUUCGAGUCGGAAUCGAGGUGGAGGACGGGACGGGCAGCCUCCUCCUCGAUGGCACUGCGGUGCUCACCCCGGAAGGACACAUUGUCGUCGUGCUUCUCAACAGGAACGAGACGGAGGUUGCAAUCCGGCUGGAGGAGGGCGGUCUCGCUUUCGACACCAGGUUGCCUCCCAAGUCCAUGGCCACUCUCGUCUGGGUGGCUUCCGAAUAGAGAGAAGACCUUUUCGCUAUGUUGAAAUGCUUGCAAGAGAUGAAGUUCUGAUUGAUAUCUCUUUCUCAAACGAUGUUGUUUGCUAUUCUCUCUGUUCCAAUCCAUUCGAAAGAUUCCUGGACCUUUAUCUAUUCGAUGUGAGAAAACAAUUCUAAAACUCUAUUCAUUCGAGGAAAAAUACGGGCACAUCUUGCUCCUUUCACCAAGU